AGGUGGUUAUUGAAAAAACGAGCAUUGAUUCCUGCAACAAACUGGAAACAUGCAGACCAUUGAUGGUUGGCUGCAGCUGGUCAUUGCUGAAUGCGGACCUUUUCCUUCCUUCUUUUUCCUUUUUAAUAUUUUGUAUUUUCUCUAAAUUUAAGGACUUUGUAUCAAAAUCAAAUCCCUUCAUAUUAGCCUAUCUUGUCGUCAUUCUUAUUCAAUUCAACCUCUCUUUCUUUUUCUUGUUUCUUGCUUUAUUUCCCUUCUCUUUCAACGUCUUCUUUUCUUGGAGAAGGGGGUUUCUUUUUUUCUUGUUUGGUCUGCUCUCUUCUCUACAAUGGCUACUUCAAGAUGGAUCAGGCCUGAGGUUUUUCCGCUCUUUGCAGCUGUUGGGGUAGCUGUUGGCAUUUGUGGGAUGCAACUUGUUAGGAAUAUCUGCACCAACCCAGAAGUCAGGGUGACCAAAGAGAACAGGGCUGCAGGAGUGCUGGACAACUUUGCUGAGGGUGAGAAAUAUGCAGAACAUAGCUUAAGGAAGUUUGUCCGCAAGAGGCCUCCUCAGAUCAUGCCAUCAGUCAAUGGCUUCUUCUCAGAACCUGAUCUUCCAAGUUCUAACUAGAAAUUCACUUCAACGACUGAAGUCAGGCUUUCAUAUUUUGUGCUUGUGAUUUUGAAGGAAAUAGGACAUAUUAUUAUUUUCUUUGUUCCAUUCGAGAGCAUGAAGCAAUUGCAGAUUGCAAGUUGAAGUUUUUGUCAUAUGACCAAACAGUAUUGAAUAAUAAUAAAGUUCUCUGUUACAAUUUCUAUAA